ACGCCUCGGCGCCGGGGAAGUCCCGGCGUGGAUCCUGACUGCCGCCAAGUGCAGCUUCCCGCCGCCGCCCGGCUUCUGCGGGCGGCUCCAUUCUGGGCGCGCGGGAGAGGGAAGGCGGCCAGGAGAAAGCCGCGGGUUCGCGGGCGACCACCCCUUCGCGAAACCUCGAGUGGGCGAGUCCGAACGCGCGGAGCAACAUCCGCGACUUCCGGUUCCUAUGACAGCGGCGCCGGAAGCCAGGGCAGCCCUGCGGGGCCAGGUGGAAACCACGGACAUCCGGGCCGGGAGGUGCGGGGCGCCCCGGGGUGGCGGAGAGGGGCGGUGGGCUGCAGCUCGGUCGGGCUCCCAGGCCUCGGGCCUUCCCCGAUGUCUCCUGACUAAGCCUCCGCACCAGUCUGCCCUCGGACGGGUUUUCUCCGCAGUCGGGGAGCUGGCAGCUGGGAGUCCCACAGACUCAAUAGGACCUUCGAGGAGUCGUCUCUGCCCGGGGGUCGCCGGAACUCAGACGUCCCAUCAUAGUGCGACCCGGCCGGGUCGGAGGUAACCCGACAGAGGCCGCCAUGGAGCAGUGUGCAAGCGUGGAGAGAGAGGUGGACAAGGUCCUACAGAAGUUCCUGACCUAUGGGCAGCACUGUGAGCAGAGCCUGGAGGAGCUGCUGCACCAUGUGGGCCAACUGCGGGCCGAGCUGGCCAGUGCAGCCCUGCAGGGGACCCCUCUCUCAGCCACCCUCUCCCUGGUGAUGUCCCAGUGCUGCCGGAAGAUCAAAGACACCGUGCAGAAACUGGCUUCGGACCACAAAGACAUUCACAGCAGUGUUUCCCGAGUGGGCAAAGCCAUUGACAGGAACUUUGACUCUGAGAUUUGCGGUGUAGUCUCCGAUGCGGUGUGGGACUCACGGGAGAAACAGCAGCAGAUCCUGCAGACGGCCAUCGUGGAGCACCUGUACCAGCAGGGCAUGCUCGGUGUGGCCGAGGAGCUGUGCCAGGAAUCAACGCUGAAUGUGGACUUGGAUUUCAAGCAGCCUUUCCUGGAGUUAAAUCGAAUCUUGGAAGCUCUGCACAAACAAGACCUGGGGCCAGCUUUGGAGUGGGCUGUCUCCCACAGGCAGCGCCUGCUGGAGCUCAACAGCUCCCUGGAGUUCAAGCUGCACCAACUGUACUUCAUCCGCCUCCUGGCGGGUGGCCCCGAGAAGCAGCUGGAGGCCCUCAGCUAUGCCCGGCACUUCCAGCCCUUUGCUGUGCUGCACCAGCGGGAGAUUCAGGUGAUGAUGGGGAGUCUGGUGUACCUGCGCUUGGGAUUGGAGAAGUCGCCCUACUGCCACCUCCUGGACAGCAGCCACUGGGCCGAGAUCCGGGAGACCUUCACCCGUGAUGCUUGUUCCCUGCUGGGGCUUUCUGUGGAGUCUCCCCUCAGCGUCAGCUUUGCCUCAGGCUGUGUGGCGCUGCCCGUGCUGAUGAACAUCAAAGCUGUGAUUGAGCAGAGGCAGUGCACAGGGGUCUGGAGUCACAAGGACGAGUUACCGGCUGAAGUGUCCCUACUGUCCCAUGGAGCAGAACCCAGCAGAUGGGAAACGCCUCAUAUUCUGACUCCUGCCUGGAAGGAACUUUGUUUUCAAGGGGUUUUCACCCAUGAGCCUUGCUGUCUCACAGGGGUGGUUGUCCUAGUGGAUUGUGGUUCUUUACAGAGCAAUUGGCUGAGUGCCACCACGGGCACGGGCCAAGGAGGUUGAUGAACCAGCCUGCACCGGUCAACUGGCUCCUUGGCUGUAAGGGGAAGGAGACGCUGGCCUCUGUACUCCUGCUGUCUCCGUUUAUAUUUGUCACUGACUUGAUAGCAGCUGAUAGAGGAGCAGAGGACUUGGGCAGCAGCAGCAGAUGUCUUUCAUCCUUGCCCUCAGCCAGUUCUUACUGCCAUGCAACGCUGUCCCCACGCCUCUGGUAGCCUCACAACUGUAUGUGUCCAUUGCCCACUGUAAAUAGUCCAGGUUAGAAUUGAAUGCUGUUUUAUAACUUUGAGCAAGUAUAUUCACAGGACUUCUU